CAAUACCAGCAGUAUGUUUAUUCUUCAUACCUGGAUAGUUAUGGUUUAAGAGCGGCAUUUCAUUUUGUGAAAACACUACCAUAUGGAUUCCUAAGAAAUAAGAGAAUGGAGGAAGCUGAAGAAGAUCAGUUAAGUAACUAUGAAAUCCAAUACGCUAUUCAAGAAUCCUUGGGAUCCAAUGUACCUUCAUGUUACCAAGACAGAUUUGUGCCUACAAGUGAAAUAAACAAAAAAAUUGUAUCCGCAAUUAAACAAGGAGAAAUUACUGAAUUACAGAAAUAUAUGAGCUAUAAAUAUGCACUCGAUGAAGCUGAUGAAAAAGGCUGGUUUCCCUUGCAUGAAGCCUGCGUUCAACCAAUUCGGCAAAUCACUGAAGUUAUUCUUGAUGCAGUCUAUAAGACUUCAUGGGAGCAGAAGACUAAUGAUGGAGAAACACCACUGACCCUUGCUGCAAAAGCUGGCCUGCUUGAAAAUGUGAAAGCCCUUCUAGAAAAAGGGGUCUGGCCAAUCACCAAGAACAGCAGAGGGGAAUCUCCUCUUCUUUUAGCAAUUAGGAUUGGGAAUUAUGACAUGGCAGCCACUCUAAUUGAUUACAACUGCACAAUUAAUCAGCCAUGUGUAAAACGAUGGUCGGCUAUGCAUGAAGCAGCCAAACAAGGGCGCAGAGAUCUUGUAUCUUUAUUACUAAAAAAUGGAGGCAAUGUCAGUCUGGAAGAUGGCUUUGGUGUGACACCCUUAGGAGUUGCUGCUGAAUAUGGGCACUGUGAUAUACUGGAACAACUCAUUCAUAAAGGUGGGGAUGUCAACUUUCAAGCACAUGAUGGAUCUUCAGUGCUGUCUGAUGCAGCUACUGGGGGAGACCCAGAUUGUAUAGCUCUGCUUUUGGAAUAUGGAGCAAGUGGCAAUAUUCCUGACAAAGAAGGAUAUCUUCCCAUACACAAGGCCGCUUAUGGAGGACAUUACCUAGCACUGAAAUACCUUAUUCCUGCAACAUCAAAAAAUGCAAUUAAGAGAAGCGGAUUAAGUCCAGUCCAUUCGGCAACAGAUGGUCAGAAUUUACAGUGUCUGGAACUGCUUAUUGAAAAUGACUUUGAUGUCAAUGAAGUAUUGGCUGAACAUGUAUCCGAAAACUAUGGGGAUAAAAGGAAAACUGCUUUAUUCUUUGCAGUAUCCAACAAAGAUGUUUCCUGCACCGAGACACUUUUAAAAUAUGGUGCUUGUCCGAACAAAGACCCUUUAAAUUGUCUAUUAGUGGCUGUAAGAGAUGGAAGUCAUGAAAUAGUGAGACUGCUCUUGGCACAUAAAGCUGAUGUUAACUGCUAUUUCAUGCUGGUGAAUGACACUCAUUUCCCAAGUGCAAUCCAAUACGCUCUCAGUGAUGAGAUUAUGUUAAGGAUGCUGGCAAAUAAUGGUUAUCGCGUUGAUCUUUGUUUUGAUUGCAUGCAUGGGGAUAUGUUUGGAGGCUCUUUCACUUGGCCAGCCUUAGAAGAGGAUACAUUGCCUGGAUGGACAUCAUGUGUUAUAAAAGAUAUACCUUUUUGUGAUUUUGUUACUGUAUCCUGGAUGAGACAUUUGGUGGGAAAAGUAGUCAGAAUAUUGGUGGAUUACAUGGAUUAUGUUCCAAUCUGCACAAAAUUGAAAGCAGCAUUGGAAAUACAGAAAGAAUGGGCAGAAAUACAGGAGAUUAUCGGAAAUCCUCGUCCCUUAAAGCAUUUGUGUCGGUUAAAAUUACGAAAAUUAAUUGGCCUGGAGGAUCUGCACAGACCAUCUUCAAUGAAGAAAUUCUUGAUUCCACCUUUGCUUAAAUCGUAUAUAAUGUAUAAAGAAUAUGAUUUAUAUGGUAAAGGACUGAGCUUAGACACAUGAUACAGACAAACAAAAAUAAUCCAUUCAUGUUAUACCAUACCAUUUGCCCUUUUUUUUAUACAU